AUGGCUACAGUCUGCGCGAGACCUGCGCUAUUGAACACUCGAGCAUCGAGCUCACAGCAGAACAUCAACACGUCUGUUCGGGGGAAACCGACUGCCGUACCUAACAAGCAUCUCCCGGACACAUGCUCUCCCGGUCCGACACCUACCAAGCUCCAACAACAGCAGCUCGAAACCCCACCAGGGUCACCCGAAGCCUCUGAACACCAACAAAUCAUCGACAUACCUUCUCUCCUUGUCGACGCGGGAAAGUACCCCAAAGUUAGCGACAGCCCGCCUAUUCAUGCAUUGACCGCACAAGAGUUGUUUGAGGCUUUGGAACAUACAGCCUCGCGCCCCCUACCAGACACCAAGACCGUCUUCCCUUGGCUUCAUGGCCUGCAUCCCGAGAAUAGUAUCCAGUUGACAUACUUUUCUGCGAGGAACAAGAAGCAAUUCCGACGUGCACCUCGCACUUUGCGCGGCAUCACCGUGGUCAAGGCCGGUGGUGAUCUCAGCCACUCUAAGCUCAAAGGUGCCAUCGCCCCUGAUGAGCUGCUACUUGCGACAAAGACAGGCGAGCAGAUCUCUACCUUCUUGGAUGUUGACCCUAGAGAUGGCUUCUCUAUUCGCAAUUUCCAGAUCCAAGCAGUCAAGAUGGCGACUAUGAGUGACAUCGUAGUAUAUGCAGAUGACAGGACUCCUAAGGAGGUGCUUGACAAGUUGGCAUCCAUAAUAUCAAGAGCUCAAAAGGUCUGGAGGGAGAAAGACAGAGAAAACGACGUUGAAUCCUUAGCCUUCGAACCAUUUCUGACUUGUUUAGACUCUUUUGCAAAGCUGCAAGCCGGGCAUCCAGAGAUUGUGGCCAUUGACGACCGUGGCAACAUGACUGGUGCAGUCAUGGACUUCUUCCACUCUGAGCGAUACGAAAUGCACACCAUGUCUUCGGCAACCGAGAUUGCGCACAAUGUAUGGCUUGGUCCGACACCUGACGCGUCUCUAACAGCCCCGUCAGACCCAGAUGCAGCACUACCAUCUGAAGCACAGGCCUAUGAUUUGUUCGUAGAAGCGACCGAUCCGGCCCAGCUACCGGACAAGAAGGCUUUUGGUCUGAUGGAGAGUCUGUUGGCGAACACGAAGGUGUCCCAAAACGCGAUUCCCCAACUCGAAUUCCCAGGGUCUGGUUCGAUAAUGCCACCAUCAUGGUCCCAAGCCGAGGUGGAUGCUCUGAUGGACACGGUAACAUGGCUCUACAAGCAGGCCAACCCGGACCACGAAGAGAUGAUGCAUCGUAAAGACAGCCAGCAAAUGACACCGCCAAAGUAUAGAGAUGCAGACGGGGAUAUUGGCAUGAUCGAUCUUCACAUCAAUGCUGGUCGUCAAGGCCGAAAAGUUCUCAUCCAUUGCACAGAUGGGUACACUGAGACGUCUUUGCUCGCGCUCGCUUACUACAUGUACGCCAAUUGUGCAACGGUCGACAGGGCGUAUGUGGAGCUUCAUACCAAGCAUCACCGUAAUCUGUUUUCAUAUCCAACUGACGUCGCCCUCCUGAGCUCAAUUCAGCCAAGGAUCUUGCAAGCGUCUCCCAACUCCGCCGGCUCGAUGGCAGCACUCUGCCAACCUGCACCGCGAUGGCUGAGCAAGAUGGAUGGUUCCUUCCCUUCCAGGAUCAUGAAUUACAUGUACCUCGGAAACCUCGGACAUGCGAACAACCCGGAUCUGCUGCGCGAGCUCAACAUCGGCCAAAUAUUGAGCGUUGGCGAAACUAUCAGUUGGACCAGCGACGAGACCAAGAGGUGGAAGGAUGACGCCCGCACGCAAGACAGCAUUCUUUAUGUCGAUGGCGUUCAGGACAAUGGUGUAGAUCCGCUUACUUCGUCCUUUUUCCGUUGUUUAGAUUUUAUCAAGAAAGGACGAGAGGCUGGUGUUGCCACUCUUGUACAUUGUAGGGUUGGCGUGUCCAGAUCUGCCACGAUCUGCAUUGCAGAAGUGAUGAAUGAGUUUGGCAUUUCGCUCCCCCGAGCGUACUGCUUCGUUCGUGCUCGCCGGCUGAACGUUAUCAUCCAACCUCAUUUGAGGUUUUCAUACGAACUCCUGAAGUGGGAAGAAUAUCAAUGCUCCAAGCGCGGCAAACCACUUCGCAGAGAGCUCGAGUGGGGCACCAUAGCUCGCGAGAUUGCAGCAAUGAACCGACCGUACUCACGGCAAUAA